CUGAGCUGUAAAAGAAAAUGAAUAUACAGUAAAUCACAAUCCUAUCAUGCAGGAACUUGAUAGUUCUCUUGGCUUAUUAUGGAGGAAAUCUUUUCUUGGCUAAUGUUCAUAAUGUGCAGAAGAUACGAUAUGAUUUUCUUUGUUCACUUGUGCUUGCUUCCCAAUAAAUUGACUGAAGAUGACAAGCUAGCUUCAUCAGAAGAAGGAAAAAGAGAGAGAGAGAGAUGAAAAUACAGUGUGAUAUCUGCAGGCAGGCGGAGGCUGAGUUGCUGUGUUGUGCAGAUGAAGCAGUGCUGUGUAAAAGAUGUGAUGAAGAGGUUCAUGCAGCUAACAAGCUUUCGCAGAAACAUCAAAGGCUGUUUCUCCUCAAAGACUCUUCUUCCUGUUCUCAGCUUCCUCUAUGUGACACCUGCCAGGAGAAAAAAGGGUAUUUGUUUUGCUUGGAGGAUAGAGCAUUACUAUGCAAGCAAUGUGACAUAUCAACACAUUCAACAAGUCCUUAUGCAAUGUCCCACCAAAGAUUUUUAAUUUCAGGGAUCAAAGUAACCCUUGAAUCCUCAGCUGAACAUAGCAGAGAUCAACAUUCUCGAAUGCAAAUGUCUAUGGAAUCUUCAUUCUAUUCUCCUCCAGCUAAGGAGAGCUUGGCAGCAAUCAUGAUGGACUCAGAGGCUCCCUCUACAGAGACUAUGAAUGAAAUCUUUGAAAAUACUGAUUUCAGCUUCUAUGACUUCUCAGAAGUUGGUUCCUCUAAGAUUAAUUAA